AUGAAAGUGCUAACUGUUCUGACGGAUCAUAUUUCGAGUGUGAGGGCAUUGGCGGCUGUGGUGAACAAAGAUGGCAGCAGGAGGGCCCUGUCGGCGCUCUUGGUGUCUGCUGGGGGGCGGGCUCAGAUGCAGUGCUACCGGCUUCUGAUUGGCUGUAAUGAACAGGGAGGGGCUCCUUCCUGUCAGGUGAUCCAGAUUGCAGCACACCGAUUAGACGACCAGUGGGAGAAGAAGAGGAACAGGCACAAGAUGGUCAAAAUGGAUCCAGAAACUAGAUACAUGUCGAUGGCAGUCCUGGAACAGACCUCUGACCCUGUGAUCCUGGCUGUGGCCUGCAGUGAUGGAGCCGUCAGACUGUUCUCUGUUAGUGAAGUGGACCGUCGUAUUGGGUUGUUGUGGGAGAGUUUUCAUCAUCAGCGCUGUGUGCUCUGUGUCGCCACCUGCUGUCUACAGGACACACAAGGAAACAGGCAUCAUCUGCUGCUUUCUGCUGCUACAGACGGACAGAUUGCUCUGUGGAAUUUCACCUCUUUUUUAUUGUACAAUCAAUUUCCUCCUUCACCAAUCUUCACUGUUCCUGCACAUCAGAGCGGCGUCAACUCCAUGGACAUUCUCCCUCUCCGAUCCAAGCCUGCAGCAGCACAGCGCCCCCCUCAGGCCAGAACCCACAAGCGCACUGAGGCCCCGCAGCCGCCCACACUGGUGUGUGAUUCUAACAUGGCCCCCUGGGGAGGUCUGGACCUGUCCGAGUCCUCAUUCACCUCCUUAUCUCCCCUCCGACCCCCCAGCAUCCCUCCUCCUCCUCCCCCUGUGCCUCACUCCACACCCGCCUCACCACACAGAACCAAGACGCAAAUCCGGAACAUCUCCACCUCCACCAUCACCUCCACCAUGUCCUCUCCUUCGCUGGCACAAGCUGCACCAGACACAGGUGGCGCUGGUCGCGGUCUCCGGUCAAAGCGGCGUCCGUUGCCACAGCGCCGGGCCCCGCGUCCUCCCCGAUUGCCUCCACUGCGUCAGGUCUCAAACCUCAGCUUCUCCAGGAGUUUCACCUUCUCCUUCUUUGAGCUGCCGCUGCACCAGUCUCCGCGAUGUCGAGCCGAGAGAACUAAAAGCCUGCUGCUCCUCAUCAAACAAGUGCACUUCUGA